GCGGCGGAGGAAGACGGGGUUGGGCGGAGGGUGCCCGAGGAUGCCGCGCGUGCGCCCGCCGCGCGUGCGCCCGCGCAGUGGACCAGGGGCCCGCGAUGGAAGAGGACGGGGCUCACUCCGGUUCCUGGGGGUCCCGCGUGGGCGUCUCCCGCUCUGCCACUGACGCUUUGCUGUCCCCGUGUCAGAUUUGAACGUCGCCUUCCGGUCUCACCUGCGCCGCUGCGGGAGGAGGGCAGCGCUGGCUGUGCCCUUCAACCCGGUGCGAAAACAGGCCCUCGCACUGCAGGCCCAGCGUCGCUGGCCAGGUGGAAGAAAGGACCUCUUGUGACCCUGACACUCUGGGGUGCUGGAGGAUACAUCCAGAAUGAUGGAGACUGAGGACCUCCUGCAGCUUCGGCUGCUCAGCCUGAAGCUCCUGAGGCAGCUACAGGUUGGGCAAUAUGCCGUCGAGCGUUCAGUGGCCAAGGCAGCCUCAGAGUCAGGCCGGAACUCCAGAGGCAGCUACGACCCAGAGAUGCCAUUGUCCCCCAAAACUUCCUCAAUCUCUUCGCAAGCUUCCGGCUCACAGGACAGACACCACAUGUGGGACCCACUGGAGGCCCGUGGAGAUGACCCCUGUGAUGUGACCUGGCUUGACAGGGUCAGGUCAAGGGUGGUGUCUCAACCACCUAUCAAGUGCCAACACCUGGAGCCCUUGGGCCAACCCAGGUCCCACUCAGCACCCUCACUGACCUCCAUAGACUCUAAGAAGCCAGCACCUUCAGCAGGGCUACAUGAUCCAGCCCCAAGAUCCAUCCCGGCUGAAAGCAAGCAGUCCAAGUCCAGAGUGACCUUCUGCCAGGAGCCUGCCAUAUCUGAGAGCAACUGGCGCCUCUGGCCAUACCUGGGCUAUGACUGGAUUGUAGAGUCUCUGGACAGCAGCUCCCCCGUCACCAGCAAGCCCGAGGCCUUCUUCUCCAGGCUGCGGCAGUUCCGGGAGACCAACAGGGAGGAGUGCGUUCACAGCGCCCCCGAACCCCAGUUCCCAGGCCUGUGUGACAGCGGCGAUGAGGAGGCGGACCACGAAUGUGUGUACUGUUACCGGGUCAACCGGCGCCUGUUUCUGGUGCCCUUGGAUCCUGGCGUCCCCUGCCGCCUGUGCGGGACACCACGGGACCAGCGGGGCCCUGACACCCUGGCGGAGCCCACUCAGGUCAGGGUGAGCCUCCCGCUGUCCAUCCUGGACCCCCCACACCAGUACCCAGUCCACCGGCGGAAGAGCUUCGAUGCUUCGGACACACUCGCUCUGCCCCGGCACUGUCUGCUGGGCUGGGACAUCCUUCCUCCAAAGUCCGAGAAGAGUACAGCUCCCAAGAGCCUUGACCUAUGGUCCUCAGUCACCGAGACCCGGCAGCAGGAGCCGCCAGCAUCCAGCUCUUCCCGCCUGGCCUUGCCAGUGCGGGUCCCACCCCCUACUCCUGUCUGGUUAGAACCCCAGGUCACCUGGCCCCGUGCCCUGCGGCAGAAGCCCUGAGGACUGGCUGCCUAGAGGAGGAGGGUGCUCACCGCCAGCACCUCUGGCCUCACCCGGCAGGUGGUGCCCAGGAGACAGAAGGCCUGCCAGGUCGGCUUCAGCAGCUCAGGCCACGCUGCUAGGUUGGGCAGCUGGUGGGCCCAGGCCUGUUUCCUUCUUGGAGUCCAGAGGGGAGGGGAUUCUCUCCAAGCUUGCAAAUAAAGCUUAGUGCUCGCUGCAGCUCUGAACCACACGUGUGCCAUCUGUCCUGAUGCCCAAGGUUCUCCACUGACCACCUGGGCAGAGCGCACCCAUCACUGUGAGUGUGACUCUGCAACUGCCCACCAGACAGGGUGGGGGUCAAGGUCAGUGUUAAAAAACCGCCUGUGCAAGGACCUCAGUGGAGGCUGGGUGUGUUGGGUGAGUGGUCCCUGAAACCAGUCUCCGUCUAAACAGGGUCCCUUGGGCCCUUUUCCAGGUGGCUCCCACAUGCUCAUUCUAACCCAGUCCUGGAAGGUGUUGGUGGUCCAGAGCCCUUGCAGGGACAGGUGGAGAAACUGGGGGUAGGCAAAGAAUCCAGAUGUGCCCACCAUGUUUAAAAAAGCAGCACCCUACCAGGCACAGUGACACAGACCUGUAAGCCCAAUGACUCAGGAGGCCAAGGCAGGAGGAUCACGAGUUCAAGGCCAGCCUCGGCAACUUAGCGAGACUCUGGGCUAGGGAUGCAGCUCAGUGGUAGCUCAUCCUUAGGUCCACCCCAGUACUGGGGGUGGGGUGGGGAGCGCCCAUUCUUUUUCCCAUCUUGUAUAUAUUAAGUUGAACAAUAUGAAAUUCCUGAUAGAAAUGGGUCACCAAAGGCUGGUGAAGACACGCUCUUACUCCAGGCUCCUCAGCUCAGGGUGGCACUGGGCUGUGCCAUCCUGUGCUCCUGCUUGUGGAGCUGUGAAAACCCUUUUCCCAUUUUUCCCCUUGGUUUACAGCCAAGUAUUAGAGUAAGCCAGGCUGUGCUGCCCUAGCAAGUCAAUGUCCCACGUCUGAGUGGCUCAGGAGAGAUGAGGUCUGCCCUCGCAGUCUUGCUCUGGGCCUGUCCAGCCUGGGUCACACGGGGCUCAGGCCAGCAGAGACUGCCACGGGGCACAUCACCAGUAGCUUCAGCCCAGUGGAGACGGGUCUUUUUACUUGUGGUUCAUUGGCUAGAGGCAGUCAUGGGUCCUGCCUGACAGCAGGUAUCAGGACAGUGAGGCAGUUCUGGGACAUUCCUGCAGUACUGUCCUUACCUGAGCUCUUAAGUGACAUGAUGGUUUUGUUUUGUUUUGGAUUUUCCUUCAGUCCAACCCCAGGCCUCCAUCCCCAGCCUCUUCCUCUCUGAGUGACGUGGCUGUGCCGCAUUUUGCUUCACCUGUUGAUGGAGGCGUGGGUUGCUUCCAUCCUGUGGCUGUAACGAAUCGUGCUGCUGGGGACGUGGGUGUGCAGAGGUGUCCUGGGGACCCUGCUUACCGUUCUUUGGGUCUAUACGCAGAAGUGGAAUUGCCGGGUCACAGGCUCACUAUUUAUUAUUUUUGAAGGGACACUGAAUGCUUCUGCUUGCCCGCCAGCUGUGCACAGGCGCACAGUUUCUCUGUCCUUGCCACCACCUGCUCUCUGCUUUCUGAUGGCGUCCUCGUGGGUGCGAAGCAGGUUCACUGUGAUUUUGACUUGCGUUUCCCAGCGAUAAGUGAUGCUGGGCAUUUUUACAUGUGCUCAUUUGACCAGUUGUAUAUCUUUGGAGAAAUAUCUAUUCAAGUCCUUUGUCCAUUUUUAAGUUGAGUUUGUGUUUUCGGUGUUCCACGUGUAAUUAAGUCAAAGAACUUGUGCCAUGUAUGGAAACCCAACCACUCCAGAGGCUGAGGAAGGAGGAUCCAAGUUCAAGGCCAACCUGGGCAACGUAGAGAGACCCAGUCUCAAAAUUUAAAAAGUAAAGUGUGAAUAUAGCUACAUCCCCAACGCUUUACCCCUUUUUAAAAAAUUUUUAUUUUAAGACUGGAUCUCAUUAAGUUGCUGAGGUUGGCCUUGAAUUUGCAAUCCUCUUAUCUCAGCCUCCCAAGUCACUACUAUUCACAGCUGGGGAGUUGGAAAUUCUCUGGCCAAAGGGAGAAAUGGGUCUAGAAGUCUUUCUGUUUAGAAGUCUUUCUGUCAAAAAUCUCAAAAUGUACAAAGCCUCUGAGAUCAGGUUACUGGUUCGGCUGUGAAUCACAGAGACUCCAAAUGGCAGCAGCCACAGCCAGGCAGGGUUUCUUUCCAUGAAAGUCUGGGCUGGAGUGUUUCAGUGGAUCCAUUUAAUCAUCAGGCAAGUGGUUUUUGUGGAAAAGCAAUUAUUUUGAAAAUUUAGAAGGCUCCCAGCCCACUCACUUCCAGUCAGCUCCAGGGGCAAGAAACCUGGGGCCCCAGACAGUUACCUUGUCGCCAACAGAAGGCAGCGUGUCCACCUCUGACACCAUCGACUGAAGCCUGCGGAUUCCAGUCUGUGUACUGACCUCAGUGCUCUGCUUAUCCCAGGCCUUCAAGGUCACCUCACCUAAUGGUGGCCUUUUGGGGGCCCUCUGAAGCAAUGGGCUGGGGUGGGAGACAAGAGCCUUGACGUGGCCGUGGCUGUAACCCAGUCUGUGUUGCUGUUCUGCUGGGAGCUCCUGGGGAGGCUCUGGAGAAGGCCCUGAGCCCCACUUGCAUCUGGUUCAACUCUCCGCCCCCAAAACCAGAGGUUUUGUUUGUUUGUUUGGUACUGGAGAUUGAACCCGGGGGCACGCUCCCACUGCUACUACAUCCUCGGCCCUUGUGUUAAUUUUUUAACCUCACUGAGUUGCUGAGGUUGGUCUCAAACUUGCGGUCCUCCUGCCUCAGCCUCCCUAGUUGCUGGAAUUACAGGCAUGCACCACUGCAUCUGGAUCCAGUCACUUCUUAGGAAUGCUUUGGUUGAGGGCACAGAAUUCUUCAAGCCUAAGGGGUUCCCAGAAUGAAGGUCACAGGCAGAGAGGCCCCUCAACAGAGCCUUGUGCCUUCCAACUGCCCCGACACUCUAUUCUGCCUUGGUGACUAUCCCCUGCUGCCCUCCCACGUGCUUGCAAGUCCUGUCUAACUCCCUUCCUGUAGCUCGGGGAUAACCAGGACACUCUGCCCUCCCUUUGUCUCCAUCCACAUCAGCAGGGUCUCUCCUUCCGAGAGGCCUCCCUGGCUUCCGCAGCCCUCAGACUCACACCAGGGACCUCCUUCACUCUUGGGGCCCUUUGAGAGCAGUAGGUGGCAGAGCACUUGGCAUCUCUCUCCCCUGAGAUCUGAGACUCCAUAGGAGCAGGGCCGCCAUCUUUGUUCUUCUUGGAAACGUUUUCAUUUCCUGCUUCUCGAGGGGUGGCCAGAGUGUUUCAGGAUCCGGCCUUUUCCUGGCCUCCUCUCAUGGACCUCCAUGGUGACUGGCAGGGGCCUUCCUUUCUCUGGACACGAGCAGCAUGGGGAGCCUUACUGUACUUCCCCCUGUUCUUUUUUGUUGUUUGUCCCCUCUUGU